AUGGCGGGUUUGAGUCAAAUUGCCGACGUCGACAUCGAUCCGAAAGGCGUCUUCAAAUAUAUUCUGAUCAAAUGCGUUGAGAAAUCGAGCAAAGCCGAAAAGUUGGUUGUCCGCGGAUAUUAUCGCUGCAAUUUUCAUGCGGAUAUUUUGGAUGAGACGCGGGUGAGUGGAAUUUUGGGGAAAUGUUGAAAAGAAAUUCAAAAAUCAUGAGAAAUGCCACGUUUUAUCCGUUUUUCAAACCGAAAUCUUGAAAAUUUUGAUGAAAACCACGAUUUUCAAGUCAAAAUAUUCAAUUUUCGUGAAUUUUAAAAAGAAACAUGAAUUUUUGGUUGAAUUUAUCGAUUUUUGACGUCCCAGAAAACAAAUUUUUGUUCAAAAUUCAAAUUUUCGCGGUAAAAUUCAGCUACAGUAACCUUAAUUGUUUCUGCAAAAAAUUCCCCGAAAAAUUUACGUUUCAAAAAAUCCACAAUUUUUUUCGUAAUUGAAAAAUCCAAAAAAAAAAAUUUGCAAAUCCAAUUUUCAGGGGUACUGUAACUACAGUAACCCUAGCCAUAUUUGAUAUCAAAAAUUCCAAAUUUUCGCGGCAAAAUCGAUCUACAGUACCCCAAAGUGUUUGCAGACUGCAACUCCCUCCGACUUCACUUUGAAAUGCAUCGGCGGCGGUCGAAUUCAACACAACGACCUCGACAAAAACAUCCUGGUCUACGGUUAUUCGCAAGGUUACGGUAGAGCCGACCAUCAGAUUACUGUAGAUAUCCUGAAGCGAAAAUAUCCCGACUACUGUAUCACAUUUUCCAAUGAUGGAUAUUGA